AGCGUGUACGACUUCUGCACGGCUGUCUCGGUGAAUCCAUCCGCACCAGCCGGUGGCGUCGUCGGCCGACCGAGCAGAUCAAAUGCACGUUCGUCUCACAGAAACUACAACGCUGAAGAUGGAGCGGUGACCGGAACAGACUUUGUUGGUGUUGAAAUGUAUGCAAAACUAACAGCAUUUAUCGAAUCUUACGUCAGAGAUCGACUCGAAGGUGCACGAGAUUUGCUCGGUGAAGAUUUAUUACGUUACUACACGACGCAAUGGUCAGAGUUCAGAUUCUCGUCCAAGGUAUGA